CCUCGCCAGUCAUAGACGUUCAAAAGAGAGGAAGUAAACAAAGUAGCUAGAAACCUAAAUGAACUUGGAUGAAUAGCAUAUGACAGUCCUAGUCAUACAAAUAACCAUGUGAGUUUUGAACUGCUGCUAAAAAUCAGUUCCACUUAAUUUACCAUAAACACCAUAUUUCUGAGAGCAACCGGUUGGGAUUAGAACGACUUGGAAAUCUUUGAUAUCUAUUCGCAUGAGUACCAGGAGAUUACAGCACAUAAAGGGUCAUCUAUUGGUUGAAGACAAGUCUGCAGAGAUGGCAGCUCCGAACAGCCCACUGACCACUCAUGUCCUGAACACCGGGAUUGGUGUCCCUGGGGCCCGCGUGGCCCUCAGCCUGCACCGCAUGGACUCUUCCACGUCACUCUGGAACCUUCUCACAACAGGGACGACCAAUGAUGAUGGCCGCUGCCCAGGACUCAUCAGCAGAGAACAGUUUACUCCUGCUGUGUACAAGUUGCGCUUCGAGACAGGCAAAUACUGGGAGAGUCUGGGAGAGACCUCCUUCUACCCGUACGUCGAAAUAGUCUUCACCAUAACGGACCACAGUCAGAACUUCCACAUUCCUCUGCUCUGCAGCCGUUUCUCCUACAGUACCUACAGGGGGAGCUAAAGAACCUGUCUCACCCCGAUUCACCCCCCUUGAACCACAAACCAAACCAUCUGCCCUCCUUUGUCAUGAGCUGCUGAGGGUGAUGUUCAGAGCACUGAGGGUGAUGUUCAGAGUGUGAUGAGGUCAAUAAACUUCAGGACACACAAAUGAUUUCAAUAAUGCCAUAUAUAUUCAAUUUUUAAAUAAUAAAACAAAAUGUUAAACCUUU